GAGGAAGGAAGGAAGGAGGAAGAGGAGCAGGAGGAAGGCCGCUCGCGUGUGCCGCAGGUUCCGCGGGCAGGUGAAGCACAUCAAGGUGACGGCGAGCGAGGGGCUCUACAGAGUGACCGAGAGGAAAGCGUUCCGCGGGCUGGCGGAGCUGGUGCAGUUCUACGGGCGGCACUCGCUGCGCGAUUGCUUCAAGGGCCUGGACACGACGCUGGCGCUGCCCUACCGGGACCCCGAGAGCCCCGCGGGACCCCGAGAGCCCCGUGCCACCCGCAGUUUCGGCUCGGCCAAGGCGCGUUACGCCUUCAGCGCGCGGGACAGGACAGAGCUGUCCCUGCGGGAAGGGGACAUCGUGCGUGUGCUGAGCAAGAGGGGACAGCCGGGAUGGUGGAAAGGGGAGAUCUACGGACGGGUCGGUUGGUUUCCCGCCAAUUACGUCGACGAGGAUUUCUCUGAUUAUUGCUGAUUGUGGGGCCACCCCGAUGUCCCCAACGAUGUCCCCAACGAUGUCCCCAAUGAUGUCCCAACGAUGUCCCCAAUGAUGUCCCCAACGAUGUCCCAACGAUGUCCCCAACGAUGUCCCCAACGAUGUCCCAAUGAUGUCCCAACGAUGUCCCCAACGAUGUCCCAAUGAUGUCCCAACGAUGUCCCAAUGAUGUCCCCAACGAUGUCCCCAACGAUGUCCCCAACGAUGUCCCAACGAUGUCCCAACGAUGUCCCCAACGAUGUCCCAAUGAUGUCCCAUCAAUGUCCCCAACGAUGUCCCCAACGAUGUCCCCAACGAUGUCCCAACGAUGUCCCAACCAUGUCCCAACAAUGUCCCAACGAUGUCCCCAACAAUGUCCCCAACGAUGUCCCAACGAUGUCCCAACGAUGUCCCCAACGAUGUCCCCAACGAUGUCCCAAUGAUGUCCCCAACGAUGUCCCAACGAUGUCCCAACAAUGUCCCCAACGAUGUCCCCAACGAUGUCCCCAACGAUGUCCCCAACGAUGUCCCAACAAUGUCCCCAACGAUGUCCCAACGAUGUCCCCAACAAUGUCCCAACAAUGUCCCCAACGAUGUCCCCAACGAUGUCCCCAACAAUGUCCCAACAAUGUCCCCAACGAUGUCCCAACGAUGUCCCCAACGAUGUCCCAAUGAUGUCCCAAAGAUGUCCCAACGAUGUCCCAAUGAUGUCCCCAAAUCAUUUCUGUCCCAUUAAACCGGGCUCAGCUCCAGGG